CGGGGAGGUGCCCGCCGGGAGCCCGGGGACGGAGCGCACGGAGCGCGGUGCCCGCCGCUCCCGCCCGCGACAUGGAGCCCGUGGAGCCGCCGCGGCUGCUGCUCCUCCUCGGGGUGGCCCUCGUGCUGCUCCGCUCCGCAGGUCUAACAAGAAGCUUAACUAUAACUUCAGUUGACCAAUCAAUGUUUGAAAAAGCACAAGGAGAGAGAGUAACGUUGCCAUGUACUUUUGAACUCUCGGAGGAAGAUGAAGGCCCACUAGAUAUUGAGUGGGUAUUGAUACCAGCAGAUAAUCAAAAGAAGGAAAAAAUAAUAAUUAUGUAUGCUGUCGACAGGAUUUAUGAUAAUUAUUAUGGUGCUCAGACUGGGAGGAUGGCAUUUACUCAGAAUGAUCCCAAAAAUGGUGAUGCUUCAUUGGAUAUCCAGAAUUUAAAGGCAGAAGACACUGGCACAUACCAGUGCAAAGUGAAGAAAGCUCCUGGAGUUCAAAGCAGAAAAAUACAGUUGACUGUACUUGUAAAGCCAGCAAGAACUAAAUGUUCCAUUGAAGGAUCACAGGAGAUUGGAAAAGACGUUACCUUGAAAUGUGCAUCACAAGAAGGAUCCCCACUUUUGUCUUACGACUGGAGGAGAGUAUCUGGCACAAAUGAACUUCCUGCCACUUCCGUGCUGAAUAAAGAUACAGGGGAGCUUCUUCUGAAAAACGCCUCUCAAGAAUAUUCUGGUUUAUACAACUGUGUGGCCUCAAACAGAGUUGGCACGGAUGAAUGUUCUGUUCAGCUGAAUGUCACCCCUCCCGUAAAUACAGCUGGUAUAAUUGCUGGAGCUAUUAUAGGAACUCUGCUGGGUCUUUCUGUACUGACUUUUCUCGUCUUCUGUUGCUGUAAGAAGCACAGAGAGAAGAAAUAUGAGAAAGAAGUACAUCACGAUAUCAGAGAAGAUGUUCCACCUCCAAAAAGCCGCAGUUCAACAGCUCGCAGCUACAUCGGCAGCAAUCGCUCUUCUCUGGGUUCAAUGUCUCCCUCAAAUAUGGAAGGAUAUACCAAAACUCCAUAUAGCCAAGUCCCAAGUGAAGACUUUGAACGUGCUCCUGGUCAAAACCCAACCUUUGCACCUUCAAAGGUAGCUGCACCUAAUUUAAGUAGAAUGGGAGCUGUUCCUGUGAUGAUUCCAGCACAAAGCAAAGAUGGGUCGAUAGUAUAAAAUAUUAUUAAUUUAAAAGCUGUUUUUUAAAGUGUUCAUUGUAAGUAUUAGAGAAAACUACUGUGUUCCAUCCCUCAUUUAAACACUGGCAUGAAAUUGUGCUUGAAGCAAAUGAACAAGUUAGUUUGAAAAGCCACCAAUUCUCAGAUUUAAUUUUAAACUUUUUAGUAUAUGACAGUUGAACUAUUUGCAAAAAGCAUUGAAGUUCCUAAGUAAAUAUUGGACACUGAAGGUAUUUGGACCUGUGGUAGGUUACUGAAGAGACACUGACACUGUCAGCUAAUGUGCAGUCCUGAAUGUGUAACAGUGAGACAAAGGAGAAUUAACAAAGCAUUUCAUAUUUAGACCAUGGAGUUUCUCAGAGUUCCUGUAGCUUUAUCCUCAAUUAUGGAAUAACAGAAAUAUUUGAACUUGAUAUUGAACUCUGAUGUAGUUGCAUGGGGCUGAAAUACUGAGGAUGACUUUGAAUUCUGUUCAUAUUUAUGUGGUUCUUUGAUCUGGUAAUGUUUGUUUGGAGCACUUGAGCUCUUAUUUCAGGGGCAGCCAGUUAUUUAAUUGGUUCAAUUAGUUUAAUUAAUCUACUCUGAAUUUAAAAUGUCAGUGAGUGGAAGUGUGACAGGAGACCUUGCAAGCUCUUUGAAACAUGAAUUUUUCUGUAAUAACUAGUUCUAGUCAGGUUGACUUAAUACUUACAUUAUCUGAUGCAAGAGGUCCUGUCAGGUUGUUGGUGAUGGUACCUAAGCUUUAAGAUCUAUAAAUCAGCUGUUACUGUCACUGUAAGAAUGAAUUAUGGAUCUUUAUGCAGGUCUUUAAGGUAAUUGUACCUUGCAUUUUCCAGCGCCUGUUAGGAUACUAAGGCAGUGCUCUUAUUUUUUUUCCAAACCAAUUACCUAGAAGCUCCAUGGGGAUUUAAUGAGAGCUAUUAAGCUGUUAAGUAACUGGUAUUGGAUAUCUGUCCUCUAACAUCACUGUGGAAACAACUUUUCCCAUAUACAUGUAAGCAGUAGUCAGCCUUUACUCAGGAUGCUAAUGUCUUCCUGUGUGAAUUUGCAAGGAGUUUAAAGCUCAUUUCUCCUUGCCUCUUCAACAGCCCUAAAUAUUCUGAACCAAUGUUCAGACUUUUUAAGAGCAAGAGUUCUGUGCAGCUGAGAGCAAAUAGUUUUCCAGAAUUGUUCAUGCAGAUCUCAUGUUUCAAAAUUAAAAACGCUUCUUCCCAAUUUUGCAAAAUUAAAGCAAUACAGGAGAAACAGAACAAUUCUUUCUCUUACUUUCACAUGUAUUUAGGACUUCUGAUAGCUUCUGGUAACUGAUAUUACAUACCUGUGAAAGCUGGAUUUAAAACUUAGUGCAGCUUGAUUCUUUGUGGAUUUUAUCUUCCUUCCUGUUUUCUACCUUCUUCAUCCUGUGUGGAGGGCAGGUGGGGGAGAGUCCCUUCAGCUUAUUCUAGCUAUAGUUGUUGAACUGCAAGGUAUUUUGGAAAACUCUAAAAGCAUAUAGUAUGUGGCACUGAUGUUGAUGAAGGAAAUAUCUGAAUAGCCUGUUGAAAGAUGUUAGGAUUGUUUGUGUGUAGCAACAGUGUGAGAGAAAACAUUUUCCCAAACUUCUAGGUUUAGUGUCUGCUUUUUUGUAGCUGCUUAUAGUUCUGUGAUGAAUUCUUUGGCUUACUACUAAAUGUUUGUCCUAUCUGUAAUUAGAUGCACAAUCCUUGGCUGGCACUAUUAAUGUAAAGAAAUUUCCCUGCCCGUGGCAGGGUGGUUGGUACAAGGUCAUCUUCCAACCCAAACCAUUUUAUAAUGCUAACAUACCCUUCAUACCGAAUUUAGAAACUUGAAUGGCUAUUAAGUAUUCUAGACCUAGUUUUACACAUUUGGGACUUUUUUAGAUUGUAAGCUGAUACUGUUAGAGAUCAGAUUUUUUUAUCUUUCAUGUGUGCCUUGUCAAUAAACUUUGCCUGAUUGUAACUUCA